AUGAGAUGCGCAUCGCGGAAUCUAAACCGUGAAGUAUCCCAUUACGACUUCAUCAUGGCACCAGACUCAGUGUUGCAAAAGCAAAGCAAAAGUCGUAGAAGGAAAAAGAGAAGAACUCAAGAUUCUUCGUCUGAAUCAAGCUCUGAUUCCAGUGAUCACUCUGAGAAUGAACAGGAGUCCGUGAAAGAUUCUGUAUCAGAACAAGAAGCACCAGCUCAAGAGAAAUCGAAAAUUGACAUUAUUGAUAUAGAAAUGGACUCGGAAAAUGAAUCGGGUGAACUAUCGAGCCUGGGUGCCUUGCCCGAGGCUACACUCAAAAAAAUGGCAUCUGUUAAAUUCACAAGCACGGAAAACCAGAAUAUCGAAGAGGCAAAAAGUUCUGUUAGAAGAGAUCGGAAAGAGUUGGAUGCAGCUUUCUUGGGCCAAAUGGCUGGAACUUUUGCAUCAGAAUUAGAUGAGCUUCGUCAGAAGCCAGACUUCACAGACAAGUCCAUCGUAAUUUUAGCAAAGACGCUUCAGUCUGGAAGCAAUAUGUUUGACGAAGACACUCUAGAAGCUCUAUUGAAAGAGUAA